UCAAAUUUGUAUGAAAAUUAUUGAAGAACGACGAAUAUAGACGUAGUAAGACGAGAGAAGAAGAAAAAAACAUCAUACAAAACCUUCAAUUGUGGUAGAGAGACGGGUGAUUGUUUUGAUAUUUUAUAUCGAGCCAAUUUCAUAUAUGUCAAAAAAAAAGUUUUAAGCCUGACGUCCAUUUGAUAUUUUGUGUGAAAUCCAUUCAACACAGCUGUGCUACGAAUGAAACCACACGACCAAAGUGCACGACAAAAUCAAUCAAUAUUUGUAUGGGAAAAAUAAUCAGAUUUAAACUGGAUAAAAACAAUUACGUACAAUUUUUUUUAUUAUGUAAAAGUGAACCGAGAAUUUAUUUGUGUUGUGUGUGUGAACUUUUUACCCUCAUAUUCUCAUUAAGUUAGUGCGUAAAAAUGGAUAAACUUUCAGAAGACGAAGAAAUCGCAAAAUUACUGGAUGUCAAGGACAUUGAAUUCAUUGAAACGAGUGAAUUAAAUGAAAACAAUGAAAAUGACAUAAAUUCGGAGAAUAGAAAACUCAUAAAUGAUACAAAUACACCGAAUAAUUUGAACGAUUGUGGCGAAGAAGAAAAAUCGAAUGGAAUUUUUGUCGCUUGUACGGAACGACGAUCGGAUGAACCAACUGAAUUAAGCUUUGAAAAAGUGCCAGAAAAUGUUGAAGAAAAAUUAAAGAGGCAGAAAAUUGAAGCGGCACUCACUGAUCCAAAUACUCCAUUGAGUAAAUGGCAGGAAUUUGCCAAGAGUGACUACGGGCUAGUUAGCGAUGAUUUAAGGCGUCAAGUAUGGCCCCGACUCGUUGGAAUUGAUCCAAAUACCGUUGAUCCAGCACCAAAUCUGGAGGAUUUAAAAUCUCACCGUGAAUACAAUCAAGUGAUUUUGGAUGUAAAUCGAUCAAUAAAACGUUUUCCACCGGGCAUACCCUACGAACAACGUAUCGCACUACAAGAUCAACUCACCGUUUUGAUUCUUCGUGUCAUCAUCAAAUAUCCGCAUCUAAGAUAUUAUCAGGGAUAUCACGAUGUAGCUAUUACAUUUCUAUUAGUUGUUGGCGAAGAGGUUGCCUUUCAUGUCAUGGAAAUAUUGUCCACAAAUCAUCUCGUUGAGUGCAUGCAAGAAACAAUGGAACCAACACAACAUCGUCUCAUGUAUUUGUAUCCCAUUAUUCGUCGUGAAAGUGCCAAAUUAUGUGAUUAUUUGCUAAAAUCGUCGGUUGGAACGUUAUUUGCAUUGCCUUGGUAUUUAACGUGGUUUGGCCACAGUUUGAAUUCAUACCGAAAUGUCGUUCGAUUGUAUGAUUAUUUCCUAGCAUCGCCAUUCCUAAUGCCGUUAUAUGCUACGGUUGCCAUUGUUCUUUAUCGAGAGGACGAUAUUUUCAAAGAGGACUGUGACAUGGCCAGCCUACAUUGUCUUCUUUCACAAUUGCCUGAAGAUCUACCAUUUGAGUAUUUACUACAAAAUGCAGCCGAACUUUACAAACAACAUCCACCAGAUGAAAUCGAAUUGGAAGUACAAAUAAUGGUUCAGAAAGAAAAAGAGCAACGAGAAAAGGAAAUAAAAGAGGCGGCCAAACGACGUUUGCAAAUCCAACGAAAAGCGGCCGCAAAGAAUUCAUUGGUGUAUCGAUAUAUACCGCAGAUCCUAUGGAACAGACGAACCGCAUUGGCUACAACAGCAUUUUCGAUUGUAAUUGGCAUAUGUGCCUACUACUACAAAGCACAGUUCAUAUCACUGACCAGUGGCAUCAGCUGAAAUUCGGUAAACUAUAUGGCUCUAAUGUUCCAUCGAUAUAGCCAUAUAGCCGGCCAUUCUCCGUGCGCUGUAUACUAGGGCUCAUCAUAGCUUACAGAAUAUUUGCAAUUUUUUUCUUUAUUUGUACCAAAAACCAAAUCGACGAUGAUUUCAUUUCUCUGAACAUAUAUUUAUAUAAUUUUUGGUAAUGAUAGUGGUUAUAUAAGCAGGAUUAGAAUGGAAAUAUUAUUAAUAUUAUUUCGAAUUGUGUAAAUUUGAUUGCCAGAGCAGCUCAAGCAAUCCAAUGUGGUUCACGAUUUGUCUUCGCAUCGACAGACUUAACUUACCUUUACAUGAGUUUAUCAACGAUUCCUUUUUUUAUGUAUAAUUUUUUUUUUUGAUCUAAAUUGUAUAUUUAUUUAUUCACAUAUAUCUAAGUGAAAGUAGACAGAAUAAUAUUCAAUUAGUCGGAAUAAGAGCAGAAACCAAUAUACUACUCCAAAGGAGAAAACAAUUAGCCCAUCUAUGUUUGCGCUAACUUUUCAGCUGCUGCCGACUUUCCAUGUAGCAAAAGCAUCAGCUGACCAGUUAGCACAAGCAUAGGUCUGAUGAUAUAACCAUGGCUCGUAUAAAAUAUUAUCGAAUGGGUCACAUUGUGCACUUUAUUAUUAUUCGCACUCGAAUAAAAAUCAAUUUAUCUCGUCGAUCACAAUUCAAUGGCGUAUAUAAAAUGUUCGUGUACCAAGUACGAUGUAAUAGGUCAGUCAUUGUUGCAAAUAAAAUUUUGAUUUAAUGAAAAAAA